UGCUAUUUGCAUUAGUUUGUUUGCAUUUUGAUAUCUCUUACUCUUUGUCUUCGGCUGCUCACCGCCACAUUUUCUCCGGCGACAUUGACGAACCCUCUUGCUCAUCUUCGCCCUCUUUUCUUGUCAAAUUGCACAAGUUUUCUCAUUUUUAUCAAUCCUCAGAAGUUUCUUGUAGUAUAAUGACAACCAUUCGUAAAUUUUGUUGCAAUGAUCUUCUUCGCUUUGCUUCUGUAAAUUUGGAUCAUCUCACUGAAACUUUCAACAUGUCAUUUUACAUGACCUACUUGGCGAGAUGGCCGGAUUAUUUCCAUGUUGCUGAAGGCCCUGGCAAUCGAAUUAUGGGUUACAUUAUGGGAAAAGUUGAAGGCCAGGGUGAGUCUUGGCAUGGUCAUGUUACUGCAGUGAGUGUUGCACCAGAGUAUCGCCGACAACAGUUAGCUAAGAAGUUGAUGAAUUUACUGGAAGACAUCAGUGACAAAAUUGAUAAGGCUUACUUUGUUGACCUUUUUGUCCGGGCAUCAAAUGUACCAGCUAUAAAGAUGUAUGAAAAACUUGGAUAUGUGGUGUAUAGACGAGUUCUACGCUAUUAUUCUGGUGAAGAAGAUGGAUUAGAUAUGAGGAAAGCAUUAUCGAGGGAUGUUGACAAAAAAUCCGUUAUUCCUCUUAAAAGACCAAUAACGCCUGAUGAAUUAGAGUAUGACUAGUGUUUCUUGUCUUUUCAAGUAAACUUGUUUGGUUCAAUAUUUUAGUUUACAAUAGAGGCAUGUGAUUGAUGCGAUUCACGUGCUUUAAGGAUAUGAGAUUUCAAUCUGAAUGUAAUUGUGAGUUUUUUCCUCAGAUGUUUCAUUGGCUAACUGUAUGUCCUUCACUCCUUUGUAUCCAAUUCGACCUAGUGUUAUAGUGGAGUGGUAUUUAUGUAGAAGUAGAACCCCAUUUUUACUCUUAUUAUGCAAUUGACAUAGUUUCAAUACGGAGUACAUUUUAAUUAGUGAGAGAACUGUAUAUUUGGUUAU